CGUCCAUCCCGCUGUCAUUCAUACAAAAACCGUAGGCAAAAACAAUGUAAAUAAAUAAUUUAUAUUUCGUGAAAUGAAAUGUCAGCCAACCGCGGCACGGUGAUCGGCGACGUGUGGAAUUUUGUUAUUUAGUGGUGGGAGAGUGAAACUUAGCAUUGCGCGCGAAUACAAACAUGUAUCAGUUCUUACUUUCUAAUCUCCGCGGUCGGUCGUAGCAACAAUGUCAUACGAAACAUUAUUUUCGCGAUUAUCUGCUCACGGUCAAGAGCAGCUUAUCAAAUUCUGGCCGGAACUAUCAAGUAAGGAGCAGGAGCAACUUUCCCGCGAAAUUUCCGCGCUAGAUUUCGCAGAAGUCAACGAAGUGUUCAAACGGGCCGUCGAUGCCUCUAAAGUGAUAAAAGAAAAGUUGGAUCACGAUUUGAAGCCGAUUCCGGACAGCCACUAUGAGUCUGUUAGUAAUCUGAGCAACGAAAAGUACGAAGAGUAUGAAAACCUUGGUUUUAAAGAAAUAUCUGAAGGUAGAGUUGGUGUAUUGUUACUGUCGGGAGGUCAAGCUACGAGAUUGGGCUUUGGACAUCCUAAAGGUAUGUACAAUGUGGGAUUGCCAUCGAAAAAAACAUUGUUCCAAAUUCAAGCGGAGAGGAUAGUCAGAAUUCAGCAAAUGGCUGCUCAGAAAUAUGGAAAGCAAGGUAGAAUAACUUGGUAUAUCAUGACUUCUGAACACACUAUGGCUCCGACUGCGGAUUACUUUAAAAACCAUUCAUAUUUUGGAUUAAAUGAAGAUGACAUAAUAUUUUUCAAUCAAGGCACACUGCCAUGUUAUGACUUUGAAGGGAAAGUGUUUUUGGAUGAAAAGCACCACAUAGCAUGUGCUCCCGAUGGCAACGGAGGGUUGUACAAAGCUUUGAAGACUGAAGGAAUCCUUGAAGACAUCACAAAACGAGGAGUUAAGCAUUUACACGCACAUUCCGUUGACAAUAUCUUGAUUAAAGUUGCAGACCCGGUUUUCAUUGGUUAUUGUACGAGUAAAAAUGCAGAUUGUGCUGCAAAAGUGGUCCAAAAGUCUUGUCCGAGUGAAGCUGUCGGUGUUGUGUGCCGUGUGAAUGGACAUUACAAGGUUGUGGAGUACUCAGAACUGACUGAAGCAGCAGCGGAAAGACGUAACCCUGAUGGGAGAUUAACUUUCUCCGCUGGUAAUAUCUGCAAUCAUUACUUUUCAGCCGAAUUUCUAACAAAAAUCUGCAAUUACGAAUCGAAAUUAAAACUGCAUUUGGCUAAAAAGAAGAUUCCAUAUGUAGACAGCAACGGUGUCCGUCAGACGCCGACAGAGCCAAACGGUAUAAAAAUUGAAAAGUUCAUUUUCGAUGUGUUUGAGUUUGCCGAGAACUUCAUUUGUUUAGAAGUCUCGAGAGACGUUGAGUUUUCACCGGUGAAAAAUUCUGAUGCGGCCAAGAAAGAUUGUCCGACAACGGCGCGUGUGGAUUUGCUGAAUCUACAUAGAAAAUAUAUAAGGCAGGCGGGUGGCCAUAUAGGUGAUAAUAUUGAUGUGGAAAUUUCACCGCUGCUGUCGUAUGGAGGUGAAAAUUUGGUGGAUUUGGUGAAGGAUGAAGAUUUUGUUAUAAACCUAUUUCAUUUGAAAAGUAUGUUCGAGUUGGAGUCAAAUGGUGUGAAUGGCAAUCAUUGAUGGUCAACAUUUAAAAGAAAACAUUAUUUAAAAGAAAACAACAUUCAAAAAGAAAAAACUUUGCAGUAUGUAAUGCCAUUUAAAAGUAAUCUAUAAUUAUGAAAUUUGAUUAAUUUUGAUUCGGAAUUCCAUUGCGUUGAUUAAAUUAAUUAUUUUUACAAUGAACAUCACAAUAUGUACUUAAAAAAAUAUAUUCAGUAUUAAUUGAUAUGUUUGUGAUUAAAACAUGGUAAUUUAAAAAAAAAAAGAUUUAUUUUUAUAUAAAAAAUAUUUUACUAUUAGAAUUAAAAAUUCUAUUUUUCAUAUAAUUAUGAAAAUGUCAGAAAUAAUUUUGUUAAUUUCAUACAUUGAACUAGUCUUCUCACAUUUAUUUUUAAAGUUAAUUAUGUACGCAUAAUUUAAUGUGAAAACUGCCUUUUGUAAAUAAUUUCUUGCCUAAAAUAUUAUUAUAAAUUCUAUGGCUGAACUGGAAACAUAUUAUUUCGGAGCCGCGGGCAGCAUCUAGCAAUAUUUUAAAUGUGAAAGAGUGUUUAAUUGUCAUGACAUUGAUGUGAAAGACAGACAAACAAACACACUUUCACUUUUAUAUUAUUAUUAUGGAUUUACGUACACAAUACAAAAUUAUAAAAUUAAAUGAGCUAGAUAUAAUAUUAAGUUUUUAAGAAUAUUUCUAGAUAUUUGUAUAAUGUGAUUUAAAAUUCUAAGUAAUUAGAAUAUUAAAUAUUGCUUAAAUUAAAA